UCUUCUCCCCCUGAAUCCCCUCUCUACGUCUGUCCGCACAGCCCAUUUCAUACUCUCGUUUCGCUCCCUAUGCCAACUUAGCUUAAGAUAUACGAAAGAUCAUCAGUUAUCGUAUUAAGCGAAGUAAAACAAAGCUCGUUCAUCUCCUACAUGACGGGAAAAGGAAAAAAAUGCCGCUCAAAUCAGUCGUGGCCUCCUCCCUCGCCAUUCUACCUCUUAUCACCGCAUUCGCAGCGCUAGAGAACCGCAUCUACACUCGCCUCCCAAAGUGCGACGACAGCCUGCUGACCUGCGGAGAGUACUGCAUAAGCCGAGACUCAAUAUGCUGUACCUACGACCCUCCGCAAAGGGGCUACUUCGUGUGCCCAGCAGGCUACGAGUGCGGACCCAACACGGACUGCCGCCCCCCAAGCACCGGCCCUGCACCAUCUAGUUCGUCCACCCCGGCCUGCUCGGAAUUCCUGCGCGCCUGCGGAUCCCUCUGCGUCCCGGCCACAGACGUCUGCUGCGAGAAUGGCCUGUCGAGUUGUCCUAUCGGCUUCGUCUGCACGUCCUCGCCCCCGGGCUGCGUUGAGCCCGACACUGAAGGUGAUGAUGAUGAUGUCUCGUCUACACACCCCACCGUCACUGCAGCGUUGUCUUCCCUGCCGUCGCCGGGCGGCGAGUGCCUCCCAAUGUCCACCGGUACGCCAGACGUAGUCUCGUACUCGGGGCUGCUAAGCGGUAGCGAUGGGAACGACAACCACAGCAAGAUGCAUACCCUUGACAACCCGACUUUCUGUAUAAUGCCAUCCGACUUCUCUUCCUCCGCCUUUCGCCUGAUGUCACGUCAAGCUGCUAACGGUGAUAAUAUAGGCAACACAGUCUCCGAUACAUCGACGUCGGAGGCCCCCGCCAUUUCUUCGACGGUGACUCAGGUCCUGCCUGGCCUCAACGGUAGCCUGACGACCAUUACAUCCGUUGUCGUCGUCAGCCCGACCCAUAGUAGUUCUGGGCUUGGCACGACCCCGACCUCCGAGACUACGCCGAGCGCGACGGCCACGGGGCAAGAUAAAGGGCGGAACUUGGAGGUAUCGCUAGCUGCACUGGUCGGGGUCAUGCUCAUUGCUCUCCUGUUUGGUUGACCGGGCGGCGGAACUCGUUGCGCCUCUUCAGAGUUUCGGCGCAUCUGCCUUUUUGCGAUCUUCAAAACGAAUCGAGCCCCUAGGGGCCAAGCGGGGGGGAACAAAAAGGGGGUGAUAGAAGAGAAAACAGAGACGGUUCUAUGACGCCCCGCGCUGGCAUUAAGAUUGUAUGUAAUGCGAAAAAAAGGAGUAAAAAGAAACAACAAGAACAACAAAUGAAAAACCUGUCCUCUUCUGUGCGGGCUCUUCGCGUCACGUUCGUCUAUCCAUCGUAGAUAU